UCCGCCCCUUCUGGGCCGGAAGUGACGCCAGAACCGCCGCGCUCGGCUGUCUUCCGCCUGCCUCCGCAAGGGGGCGCCGCCCGGCCGCGAAGGAAGGAAGGAAGGAAGGCGGUGAGGGACUCCGCUGGAACUCUACUGCCCUAUAUGUUGUUGCCAUGCUGCGGCUACAGCUUCUGACAUGGGACGUGAAGGACACGCUGCUGCGGCUGCGUCUCCCGGUGGGCGAGAGCUACUCGGCCGCCGCGCGCUCCCGGGGCCUGGAGGUCUCCCCGCGGGCGGUGGAGGCCGCCUUCCGCCAGGCGCACCGGGAGCGCAGCCGGCGCUUCCCCAACUACGGCCGUGCGCGUGGCAUGGGCUGCGAGGCGUGGUGGCUGGGCCUCGUGCGCGACACCUUCCGCCGCUGCGGCCUCGCUCGGGAAGAGGACGCGGGCCUGCUGGCGGCCCUGGCGGAGCAGCUCUACCGCGACUACAGCCGGGCGGAGUCCUGGGAGCCGCUCCCGGGGGCCCCGGAGACCCUGCGCCGGCUGCGGGAGAUGGGCCUCCCCAUGGCGGCCGUCUCCAACUUUGACCGGCGGCUGGCGGAGCUCCUGCGUGGCUGCGGCCUCCGGGGACACUUCUCCUGGGUUCUCAACGCGGAGGAGGCCGGCUUCGCCAAGCCCGACCCCCGGAUCUUUCUGGAAGCCCUGCGCCUCUCGGGAGCCGAACCCGGCCUGGCCGCCCACGUGGGCGACGACUACGAGCACGACUACCGGGCCGCCCGCCAGGCCGGGAUGCAUGCCUUCCUGCUCGCCGGGACCGGGCCGCCACCGAGUGGAGUGCCUCGUGAGCACCUGCUCGAGUCCCUCUCACAGCUGCCCGGCCGGGUCGGCAAAGCUUAGUAGGCUUGAGCCCGAAUCGGUGUGAACGAAAGUUAUUUGUACUUUUCGAUGGGCCAUCUAUAUAUAUAAAAGAGUGAUGGCAUCAAGGCAGCGGACAAAACAACAAAACUACAGGCCCCCCAACCUCGAAAUUUGACAACACAACCCAUCAUCCACGGCUCUAGGUUGAUACAACAAAAAGAAAAGAAAAAUAAAGUCCUAAUUCGAGAGAGAGGAAUAAUUGCUUUUAUCCAAUUGCUGCCAGUUAGAAGGCUAAGCUCCUCCAACUUCGUCUCCUAGCAACCCAAUAAAAAUAAUAAAAAACACUAAAAAUUAAUACAAUAAAAUACUAUAACAAAAAAUAACUAAAAAUAAUACAAGAAAAUAAUAAAAUAUAAUAAAUAAAAAUAUAACUUACAAUAAAAUUAAUUUUAAAAAAUGCAAAUAACGUCAAAUAAAAAUUACACAACAAUUUUUAACCAAUGCCACCACCACUUUGCCACAGCAACGCGUGGCCGGGCACAGCUAGUAUAUAUAUAAAAUACAAAAUAAUAAAUACAGCCAGACAUUGGAGCUGCAAGGAUAUUCAGUGCAAUUCAACCACACCAAUAAAAGAUUAACCUUCGUAAAAGGCGACCAGGCUUUGAAACAGUGAUACUACUCUGAAGCUGACCCACCAAAGAUUUCCCCUAGGUAGCAAGCACCCAGGCUUUGAACCACCGAGGCUAUUCAUUACAAUGCUACCACCCCAAAAAACAUUCCCCUAACCUUCCAAGCAGCAAGCCUAUUCCUUUCUAUUCCACCUCACCAAACAAGGAUUCACAUAAGAAAAUGGCCAGGCUUUCAGGCUACAAAGCUAUUCACUGUUAUUCCACCUACCUAACAAAGAAUUCCCAUACGCCACAGCAACGCGUGGCCGGGCACAGCUUGUAAUAUAAUAAAAUAAUACAUUGAAACGGACAAUAUGUAAUGUAAUACUAUUAUGAUAGGAUUUACCUGCAAGGGGGUUCCUCCCUUGGUGACUCACAGCCUUUGCCUGGAAACCGCAGAUAAAAACAACGUUGGGGUUUUGCGCAAGAUCCUUCGCUGGAACGGCCUUUGAGGAAGGAAGGAAGGAAGGGGAAUCCCAUGCCAGGCCGACCAAACCUUUGCUCCCCUGAAUGUGGAUUUCUGUUCCUCCUUCCAUCCCAUCCACGGGGCCCUUGAGGCCAUCUAGAUGGCCCUACCGCCUGUAUAGUCCAACCAAGGGCUCCGUGCAUCCCGGGAAGAAACGGUGACAUCGAUAUUCUGAUGAACUCCCGAUUCAUUCACGUGUCGCGUUUUGAUAUUUAUCUGGCUCGGGAAACAGCUGGAGGGAUCCUGGCUGUGAUGCCCAUUUCCCAAGGGAUUUGCGUCCCUGGGUUGUCAGUGCCAUUGUUUCCUCAUUGGUUCUAUCAUAAAAACAUGGGGAAAGUUUUCUAAGCUGCACAAGUAAGUAAGUAAAACUUUAUUUAUAUACCGAAGGGACUCAGGGCGGUUUGCAAGCAUAAAAAUAGCAACAUAUAUUACAAGCAACGCAAUACACACAUUAUUAAACAAAACUAAAGACCUAUACAACUCAUAAAACAGUAAAGCCCAUAAGAAACAAUCACAACAACCAGAAGGAACAAGAAUACAUAAUCAGAUGGGUUGACACGGACCGUUAUUAGGGAUAGAUGAUCCUUGUACAAAAAAGAUGAACAAAAACAAGAAGUCUUUUUCAUGAGCAAAGACAAGGCAGGAGUUAAACUUCCAAAAUCAACGUUGCUUUGUCUGAAAUAUUUCCCCGUUUCUCUCUAUUUAACCAUGUUUACAGGCUAAGAAAGCAUUUCUCUGUCCUUGAGUUCCCACACGUUUCCCAGCUAUUCUCAGAGAACGUCUGGGACGAUGAACCCUUAACCUUGUAUCUCGAUCUAAGGAAGACUCCUCUGGCUCGCUGCCAAAGCCACCUGGAUUUUGUUGAUGUUCAAAAUCCUGUGAAAGGUCACUCUUUCUAACAACUCGGAGCCUUCAACAUUUCCUUGGUCAGCCUGCAACAAAUUUUGUCUUUGGAGGAAAGGAUACUCAGAGGUCAUCUAGUCCAUCCCUUUAGUGUUAUAGGAAUAAUAUGGAACUAUAUAGGGCUGGGAGGGAUACUCGGAGGUCAUCUAGUCCAUCCCUUUAGUGUUAUAGGAAUAAUAUGGAACUAUAUAGGGUUGGGAGGGAUACUCAGAGGUCAUCUAGUCCAUUCCUUUAGUGUUAUAGGAACAAUACUAGCUGUGCCCGGCUACGCGUUGCUGUGGCGUUGUCUGGUGGUGUUGGUGAGAAAUUGUUGAGUUAGUGGUGGUAUUGAAUGUCUGUUGUAUGGUUGUCUUUAUGUUUAGUAUGCACACUGAAGUGUAUUAUAUGGCAGUGUGGAGUCAAGAUAAUCCAGUGCAAAACAGAUAAUAUAAGAUUAUAAAUGGGUUAUAUAGCUGUGUGGAAGGGCCUUGAGUCUACACUACUAUAUAAUCCAGUUAAAAUCUCAUAAUCUAUGGAAGAGGCCUAAGUGAGGCCUAACUCUGCCUGUCCCCUGGGCUGAGUGGGUUGCUAGGAGACCAAGUGGGUGGAGCUUAGCCUUCAAACUGGCAGCAAUUGGAUAAAAACAAUUAUUGCUCUCCCUCUAAUUAGGAUUUUCUUUUUCUUUUCUUUUUGUUGUAUCAACCUAGAGCCGUGGAUGAUGGGUUGUGUUGUCAAAUUUCGAGGUUGGGGGGCCUGUAGUUUUGUUGUUUUGUCCGCUGCCUUGAUGCCAUCACUCUUUUAUAUAUAUAGAUAUGGAACUACAGUAGAGUUUCACUUAUCCAACGUUCUGGAUUAUCCAACGCAUUUUUGUAGUCAAUGUUUUCAAUAUAUCAUAAUAUUUUGGUGCUAAAUUCAUAAAUACAGUAAUUACUACAUAUCA